AUGAGAGCGCAAAGAUUCGGUGCUGCGGCGCUGCGCAGGGUCUCGGCGUCGCUUCGACCCGCGAACUCGGAGUCGACUCGAGAAAUUGUCGCGAGGCCUAUCCUUGCAACGAGUGUGCAAUGCACACGACAGAGCAGGCGCCAGCUACACUCGACACCGACGAGGCGAAAUGGAGCAAGCGAGGGCGAGGCAUCAAAUCCAGCUAUGGCGUUCCCAUGUCUGGACGCUCUGGAGACGAGAUCCGCGACUCUUGAGGCGAGGUCUCUCUCCACCGGCCCCGAGCCCACUUACACGACCGGCGCCACCGAGCUGUUCCAUUGCAAAGAUCCCUUGCUCCUCGACUGGGGCGGCGUGCUCCCCGAGUUCGACAUUGCCUACGAGACCUGGGGGAAGAUGAACGCGGACAAGUCCAACGUUAUCCUGUUGUACACCGGUCUUUCCGCCUCUUCGCAUGCCCAUUCAACCCCGGCCAACACGCAACCCGGCUGGUGGGAGAAGUUCAUCGGUCCGGGGCUCAGCCUUGAUACCGACAAGUACUUUGUGAUAUGCACAAACGUAGUCGGUGGCUGCUUUGGUUCGACCGGCCCUAGCAGCAUCGAUCCCGCCGACGGCCAACGAUAUGCGACGCGCUUCCCAAUCGUCACCAUCGAGGAUAUGGUCCGCGCCCAAUUCCGGCUCCUCGACCACCUGGGAGUGGAGAAGCUCUAUGCGAGUGUAGGAUCCAGUAUGGGCGGCAUGCUGUCGCUGGCCUCAGGUGUGCUGUUUCCUUCCCGAGUUGGACGCAUAGUCUCCAUCAGCGGAUGCGCAAGGAGCCACCCCUACAGCAUAGCUAUGCGGCAUACACAACGGCAGGUCUUGAUGAUGGACCCCAACUGGAACAGGGGACACUACUACGACAAGAUUCCUCCCCACGCUGGCAUGAAGCUGGCCAGAGAAAUCGCCACCGUUACAUACCGAUCAGGCCCUGAGUGGGAGCAGAGGUUUGGCCGUCGGAGGGCAGACCCCGAGAAGCCACCGGCAUUGUGUCCGGACUUCCUGAUUGAGACGUAUCUCGACCACGCUGGCGAGAAGUUCUGCCUGACAUACGAUCCCAACAGUCUUCUCUAUGUCAGCAAAGGCAUGGACCUCUUCGAUCUCGGGAAGGAGACCCAGCAGGCGGCUGCCCAGCGUCGAGCGCAGCGGACGCAGGAGAUCGAGUCAGGCUCCGAGCCGAGGGCGAAUGAUCCGUCGUGCAGCCUUACGCUACCCGAUUCGCCUUACCUGGAACAGCCGGAGACGAAGCUGGAAGACGACAAUUCGCCGGUCAAGGUGGCUUCCCGGCCUCCAGACGAUCUCAUUGCUGGUUUGUCUCCAUUGCGAGAUAUCCCGACGCUUGUGAUGGGUGUCGCCAGUGAUAUCCUCUUCCCGGCAUGGCAGCAGCGCGAAGUCGCUGCUGCACUGCGACUUGGUGGCAACAGGAAUGUAUCCCAUGUCGAAUUGAGCGAGGAGCAGAGCAUGUUCGGCCACGAUACUUUCUUGCUCGACUUGAAGCACGUCGGCGGUAGUGUCCAGAACUUCCUUGGCUAA